UUCGGUUGCUUUGGUCGUUUUGUUAAAAAUUGGUUCAACAUAAUUUUAAUUUUACUUGAUCAAUUUAAUUAUCUCAGGUUCACAACCGGUUAAUUGUUAGUCCUCUAUUCAAGUAUAAUUUUAGUAUCAUCGUUUAUUUCCGAGUGAAGUUGAUUCAUUAGAAAUUAGUAUGUUGAAAAGAACGCGUGCCCAGCGGAAAAUCUAUCCGAAUGUAACCAUUGAUCAGAUUCCGGAUAGUCUCAUUCUGGAAAUCUUUCGUCGUCUUCCGCAAUCUGCCAUCCUACCGGCCACGUUGGUUUGUCGCCGGUGGUGUACGUUGAUUAGUAGCAACUCGUUGCUGGACUCAUUCACGCUUACAAUUAAGCCCAACCCAAAUGAAGAUCUCUAUCGCGAGUAUCAAUACUAUCUGAGCCGAUCGGAACGAAAAUAUCGAAAGGCUGAAGUGGGGAUUCACGACCAACGUUCGCUUCUGGUGGCUGUGAUUGCUCUGCGCAGGUUCGGUCAGUAUUUGACCGAGCUGGAACUCACGCUUGAACAUUGCAAUUAUUCGACCUACUUCCAGCUACAUUUCGAACGGAUGAAAGAGCUCGAGAUGGGAAUGGAGGAGCUUGAUCGAAUGCUUUGGGCGCAAGAAGUAGACAGUUACGAUCGAUGCUUAAAGCCCAUUGCCCAGUUGGCGGAUGAUAUGGAGGAAAUGCCUGAAGCUAAUGAGAUAUUUCUUGAUUUUCGUCGAAUAGAGGAGGUUUUCUUGCCGUUCGUCUAUCGUAAUUGCUUCAGAUUGAAAAAGUUGCUUAUAAGCCAACCGGGAAGCUUGUGGUAUGAACGAACGAAUGUUCUUUUUUACGAAGGAGUUGAAAUGGAAAAUCUAAUGGAAUUAGAAGUCCAUGGAACGGAUGUUAUUAUCUUGGCAGACUGCCCAAAGCUCAGAAGUUUCUCUGUGCAUGGAAUAACGACUGGUAAACCCUUUUACUAUGGAUUGAGUAAUGCUUUUCCUAAACUGAGUCAGCUCGAAAUCAUCAACGAUUGUAUGUUCAAUGAUCAGUGUAUGUGUGUGAUCUCCGGACGCGCUAUGAAUCUUGAGCAGUUAACGCUGUCUUUCACAAACAACACAGUAAGUCAGCAGUCAUUGCGCUACCUACAACGACUGAAACAAUUGAGGAAGCUGUCAAUUAUGCUAAAGGGCCGUUACCAGCGUGCCGACUUUCUGUUUGAAAACUGGCCGCACCUUCCGAUUGAAAAGCUAUUCAUUGCUUUCGACGAGCUUCCACUGGAUUGUAUUCGAGAGAUUCUGCUGCGAAGCGACAAUUUGGUGGAAUUUGAGUUUUGGACAGAGAGACGCAUCGCGUACAGCACGUGGAACAAACUGCAGCAAAUUCGUCCGGGUUGUCAGUUGACAUACUACAGGCGGUAAAUAGCGGGUUCAAUCAGCAAUCGAAUAAUUGUGCCGUGUGUUGAUAGUCUAGCUUUAUGUUAUUUUACUACUCUUCGAUGGUGACUUUAUUUUGAUUUAGUAUUCUGUACUAAUCGAGGGAUUUUUGGUACUGUAGAAAUAUCGAUAGAAACGUGACGAGAAUGUCAGUAUUAGAACUUUUCUGGCAGCAUUUAUUUUAACUUCUACUCAAUCUAGAUAUAUAGAUUAUUCUAAAUGAAUGGUACAUUUUUUCCAAAA